UUCCGCCGGAACGGUUUCGGUGUGACACCGGACCAUGAAAGCUGAAGACCAAAUUACUCCGAGCCGAGAAAACUGUGUUUACACCAGCUGUUACUGUGAAGAAAAUGUUUGGAAGCUGUGUGAGUUUGUUAAAACAGAGAGAACUGCUUCACUGGAGCAGCUGUUUGUGGUUUUCAUCUCUAAUGACAACAGAAUGAUUCCUCUGUGGAAGCAGAAGUCUGGACAUGGUGACCUGCCUGUGGUUUGGGAUUACCACGUGAUCCUGCUGCAGGUGGGUCUUCAGUCGGACUCGAUGGUUUACGACCUGGACACGGAGCUGCCGUUUCCCUGCAGCCUGAGGCUCUACGGCGCUCAGGCUUUCCGCUCAGACCGCCAACUCAAACCUGAGUACCACAGGAAGCUGCGCGUGAUUCCUGCAGACAGUUUCCUGUUGAGCUUUGCGUCUGAUCGGUCUCACAUGAAGAACCCCGACGGGACCUGGAAGAUGCCCCCUCCCUCUUACCCCCCCAUACAAACCGAAGAGUGUCAGAUGAACCUGGACGACUUCAUCAGCAUGAACCCUGCUGUCGGCUGGGGGACCGUCUUCAGUCUGAAUCAGUUUCUKCAGAAAUAUAUAGGAAAUCCAGCAUCAUCAUCUUCAUCAUCUGCAUCUCGUUAGGUGCCAUUUUUUUAUUUGCUUAUUUAUGUUUUUGCUCCAGACGUUCUUGAGUUGGAAAUGUUGGAGUUUCCUUCAGGUCAUAAUGAACAUUUAGUCCAAUCUGACCAAGAGAUAAAGACUUAACAACAAACUUUAGUUUUUGUGUGGAACUGUGAGACGACUCAGCUCUCCUGAGCUUCACUACAUUCAUAUCAGCUCAUUUAACCCGAAACACAACGAUGCUCAGUUUAACAAUACUCUCUGCACAGAUCAGCCCGGAAAAUAAAAUAUUUAUUUUUCUGACAUCACCUCUGUAAUUUUUGUCAUACUCACUUAACUGUUGGUCAUGUUUUUACCCUGAUCUUUGAUUCAGACAUAAUAAAAAUAGUAUUUUCUUUUUCAGUCUGC